AUGGCGCCACAUACCGACGAAGAUUUGGACGACGGCAAUAUCAAAAGGGUACAAAAGAGCAGCGGCGCGAUUGCCGGCGAUGCAGAACAAACUCCUCCGGCCACUUCUGUAUCAGGCCUUCGAGACACAGCUUCGAUUUCCACAAGGCUCUCAAAUUUGAAUGACUUCUUUUGCCUGGCGACAUCCUUUUUGCCAUCCCUUGUUAAGAACCCACUACUCACGAUUGAAGCGUAUCACCCCGGUUUGGUAAGCAUGUAUCCGUUCAAUAUUUCCUCUUCAUUCGUUCCAGCAAAAGACAUUCGGAGCCUCUCUGGCAAGGUCAUCCUCGUCACCGGAGGCAACAAUGGCAUUGGCAAAGAGUCUGUGCUCCAACUCGCCAAACACAACCCUCAUAAGAUCUUCCUGGCCGCCCGAACUGAGUCCAAGGCACGCGACGCUAUUGCCUCCAUCAAGGCCCAGUCUUCCCAAGAGGUCGACAUUGAGUAUCUACCUCUCGACCUCGCCUCGCUACCGUCAGUCCGAAGGGCGGCAGACCAAGUCAUACGUCGUAGCGACCGACUAGACAUUCUUAUUCUCAAUGCCGGUAUCAUGGCCGUGCCGCCGGGUAAGACAGCAUCCGGACAGGAUAUCCAGAUGGGCACCAACCUUGUGGGUCACUUCUUGUUGACCAAGCUUCUUCUUCCAACCUUGCAAAAGACCGCCGAGGAGUCUGACUCUGAUGUGCGUGUGGUGUCUGUUUCAUCCGAAGCCUGGAACUUGGCGCCGAAUUUGGACACCAUCCUAUCGACUGAGAAACUCACAGCUACGGGUCCUUGGAUAAGAUACGGCGCUUCCAAGGCGGCAAAUAUCAUGUUCGCCGCAGAACUCGCGCGGCGCUACCCCACACUCACCAGUGUAGCUAUCCAUCCUGGAAUCGUCAAGACGGACUUGUACAUUCCCAACACACAGGCAAAUCCACUCCUGAAGUACGGAUCGAUGGUCUUUGGCCCUUUGAUAUUCCAAACCAUUGAAUCUGGAGCAUUGAAUCAGUUGUGGGCAUCAACUGGCGCAAAAAGGGAAGAUCUUGUCAAUGGGGGUUACUACACUCCAGUUGGAAAGUUCAGAAAGAACAAGUGGGCAACCGAUGCUGACGCGGGCAAAAAGCUGUGGGAAUGGACGGAGAAGGAGUUGAACACUGCCGGGUAUUGA